AACGCGGUCUCAACUCUUAACAAAACAUACAGUAAAACAAACAAGAUUGCAUCCUCAAGUCAUCAUCAUAUAUUAAAUACAAGAUCAACAAUUCUGAAGAAGACUAAUCUAAUCAUUUCUGAAAGAACCCAUUUCAUCAUUUGCUUCUUUCUUUCUGAGCCUCAGACAAUCUUUGACCAUCUUGAAUUGUGUGAUUUUGGCUUUAGAGAGAGAGAGAGAGAGAGAGAGGUGGAUGCUGAUCUGGGUUUUUUUCGAAGGUUGUAGCUUUGAAGAAUUGCAUCUGAUCUGAUAGUGAUUGAAGAUCAUCAAUCUUUGUUUUUUCUUUCUGGAGGUAUAGAAGAUGGGGGUGGAUUAUUAUAACGUAUUGAAGGUAAACAGAAAUGCUACAGAGGAUGAUCUAAAGAAGGCUUAUAGGAGGCUGGCCAUGAAAUGGCACCCUGACAAGAAUCCUAAUAACAAGAAAGAAGCAGAAGCCAAAUUCAAGCAGAUCUCCGAGGCAUAUGAGGUCUUGAGCGAUUCUCAGAAAAGAGCAAUUUACGAUCAGUAUGGCGAAGAAGGACUGAAAGAUAUGCCGCCUCCAGAAAGAUACGCAAAUGGAAAUGGAGGUGGAUCAAAAGGAUUUAAUCCUAGGAACGCAGAGGAUAUAUUUGCAGAAUUCUUUGGAAGUAGUCCUUUCGGAUUUGGGUCAACAGGACCUGGGAGGUCUAUGAGAUUCCAAUCUGAUGGAGGAGGGGGAAUGUUUGGCGGAUUUGGAGGAAACGAAAAUAUUUUUCGAUCAUAUAGUGAGGGUGUUACACCAAAGAAACCACCAGCAGUGGAGAGCAAAUUGCCUUGCAGCCUUGAGGAGCUGUAUACUGGAUCAACAAGGAAAAUGAAGAUCUCAAGGACUGUGGUUGAUGCAAAUGGACGUCAAGUGCCAGAACAAGAGAUAUUGACCAUUGAUGUGAAGCCAGGAUGGAAGAAGGGAACCAAGAUUACAUUUCCAGAUAAAGGUAAUGAGCAGCUUGGCCAGCUGCCAGCAGACCUUGUUUUUGUGAUUGAUGAGAAGCCCCAUGACACAUACAAGAGAGACGGCAAUGACCUCGUUGUGAACCACAAAGUGACAUUAGCGGAGGCAUUGGGUGGAACCACGGUGCAUCUCACUACGCUCGAUGGUCGUGAUCUAUCCAUCCCGGUGACUGACAUUGUGAGCCCGGGCUACGAACUUGUUGUUGCCAGGGAGGGCAUGCCAAUACCAAAAGAGCCUCGUAACCGGGGUGAUUUGAAGAUCAAAUUUGAGGUGAGGUUCCCUACAAGAUUAACCCCAGAGCAAAGAGCUGGACUUAAACGAACUUUGGCCGGUUGAAGAGUAUGUCAUGACCUUUUCCAUUGUAAAUUGGCCAACAGUUGGGGUAGCUUUGAAGUCACAUACAUACAAGUCAAAGCUGCAUUUGUUUAGUUUGUAGGCUGUGCUUUCUCUGCACUGGGAUGAAUGCCGGCAUUUUAAACAAGUGAUGUGCCAAAUUACCUAUUGUUUGAUAUACAUUCAUUAUUUUUUGUAUAUUUUGUUGUCAGCAAUCAGUGUUAGGUUCAUGUAUUGUGUCAUUGCUUGUAUCCUUUUAACUUUUCUUUGGCUAUAUCCUUAACUGUUCUGUAUUUUUUACAAUAUAGUUUCCUACAAGGCGGAUGCACUGAGUCAGUCCCAACCAUUAA